AUAACGAUAACACAACACCAGGGUGGAGUUUUCCUUUUACUCAGCCCCGCAGACCUCGAGAGGCGGUCCGGUCAGCAGGACCACGGCUUUAGUUCUCAUUGGCGAUAGCGUUCAGCGCCAUCUUGUGAUUAAAGGAAGUAUUUAAUUCACAGUGAGCGGUCAGAGAAGGAUGAAUGCGGUGAUUUUGUUGCUGGACGUGAACAGCUGGCUCCUCUGGCUCAUCCCACAUCACCAUUCAAGGCAUUGAGCUGAGGAUUUUGUGCGAAUAAGGACCCCAACCGGGCCAAACAAUGGCAGCGCUGAAAAGAGAAGGGGUAAGAGAUGGGGAGGGUCGCCGAAAUGCAAAUUCACUCUCUCCGUUUCCCCUCAGAGAAACUCUGAAGGAACGCACAGAUCGGCGUUUCUCUCCGAACGGGAAGCGGACGUCGGAGAGUGAUGCAGGAGAAGACAGGCACAGGUGCGCUGUAGGAGGAUCCGCCUGCAGAAAACGCCCCACUCAGGACUCAGAGUCAUUAGACAGCUGUAUCCAGAGCACUCUAUCGUCAGUGUACGCUCCGUUUGGGGCGACGGCGUCCACGGUGCUGCUGCAGCUCUUCAGCGUGGUGGAGCGUCAGUACGGCGGAGACGGCCUACGCUGCCUCAUCGACUUCCUCCUGCCUGCCAAGAGGAUCUUACACACCAUCCAGAGAGAGAGCUGCCUGCGAUUUAAAGGCCUGCUGCUGUACCACGAGGGCUGGCCCCUGUGCAUCCACGAGAAGGUGGUCCUGCAGCUCGCGCCUUUACACAAAGUGCGCCUGAGGCAGGGCGACUUCUACCUGCAGCUGGUGCCUCUGGGCCGCAAGGCCGCCAAGCUGGUGAUAAAAUGCCUGGCGCGGAGCGGUCGUGCCCUGGCCGAGAUCACCGUGCCUGAGGGGAUGUACCCCCGAGUCUUCACCGCCGAAUUCCUGCAGGAUGUGACACGCGAACGGAACCUGCAACCCCUCCAGAACUGCCUGCUGAGCGCCGGCGCUGCCGUGUACCGAACCCCCUGGAGGAACGUGGUGAACCCCGUGCGCGUGAGAAACGCCAACGAGGGCAUCAUGCAGCCGGGAGCGCUGAGCAUCGGCCACCUCGGCACCUGCAGCACGCACGGAUCCACGGGCACGCUGGACAGCCGGAGGAGCUCCAGAGACUCUCUGGGCUCGCAGGGAGCCGACUCCACGGCGUCCGAGCCGCUCCCGAGCCACGGGACCGGCGAACGCAACUCGUACACAAACGCUGGCACGUUGCCAGCAGAGAAAAAAGCCCUUAACCCUGGCGCUGACUCAGAGGGCGGGAGCAGGAGAGGAGGAAACGCCAAGUCUCUCUCCUUCAGCACGGAUCUCAGCACGCCGAGACGCCGCCAAUCCGGAGACUCGGCUGCUUUCGAGACGCGACGACUGUUUCGCAAGUCGUACAUGGAGGCUUUGCAGAACCCCAUGAAUCUCGGCUCAAGCUCCGAGUCGGUCCCGGAGGAAGGCGGCGAGCCGGCGGUCGGGGUCGAGGUCGAGACCAGGCCGAGAUGUGACUCGGACACGCACGCGGCGAGGCAAGGAUCCCUGCAGCGCCGCCUCUCGCCCCUCCUCCCGCUGCAGCGCAGCUUCAGGUCCGAGAGGCGCUCCAAGUCUCUGGAACGGUCCGGAAAAGGCUCGACCAAAGGUCACCGAACGCGCUCGUCCUCGGGCGAAGGCUCUCCCAAGAAGCUGAUGAACGGCUGCACGAUACGCUUCGGCAGACUCGACCUCGAGAUGGCGUUUUACAGCGCCGAGAGACGCGGCAGCAAAGGAGACUCGGGUCUUCCCGACUCCCCCUCCAUCUCCGAGUCCAGGAGGAGCAGCAGUGCUGGUGAAGACUCUCCUAAAGUCUUGUCUCGCUGCGCGUCUGUCUCAGCCCCGCCUCCUGUAGCGCCUCCUUCUCCUGUAGCUCCUCCUCCUCUUCCUGCAGCGCCCCCCACAGGCUGUUCCACACCACCGCCAUUAUUACUGACACAACUCAACACCGAGCUGCUGACCUCCGGAGCCGUCUCUCUGCCCGGUAAUCGAGACCGCAGUGGGCGUUCCGUUCUCCAGGUGUGUAUGAGGAACCAAGUGUGGACAGAUGAGCGCUUCACUUCCAGAGAGCUCACCUGCCUGCUGGGCUACUACUACUCCACACUCCGGAAGGAGAAGAGGGAUCAGGGUCUGACCGUGCUGGUGGACUCGCGCAGACAGCAGGCCAGUCCUGUGCUCUUCUCAGCUCUGUCUCAGCUUCAGGCUUCUCUGCCAAACGCACUUUACUCGGUUCUGUUGCUCUCGGACAAAGAGGCGUCCGUCAAGCUCGAGCGAGAUUUCUCCGUUCCAUGUGAAGUGUUAACUUCUCUGAAAGCUCUACUGAAGCACAUCGACCCGUCUCAGCUCACACGAGACCUGGACGGCACUUUCCCCUACGACCAUGACCACUACAUCCAGUUUCGACAGAAAAUGGAGCAGUUCUGCAGCAGCUGUAGCGCCGCCAUCUCGUCCCUGCGGAGCUCCUUAGACGUCCUGAACAGCAGCAGGAGCCUGGACACGGCCGAGGACGUGUCAGAGACGAUCAGCCAGCAGAGGAACCUGAUGAAGUGUGUGUUGGAGGACUCACAGUUGAACCGCCUCAGGCUGGAGGGAGGAACGUUCCUCGCACGUGUCAGGAAAGAGGAGACGAGCGAAACCCAGAGCUACAGGGACGCGCUGGACACAGCCUGCACGCUCUACAACCAGAUGGAUGAGGAGGUUCAUAAACUCGUCAUCCUGUCCAACAAAUCCCUCCAUCAGCUGGAGAACCUUCUGGAGCGGCGCACCUUUCAGGAGGAGACAGAGCGGAUUAAACGCUGGUUCAGUGUGGAGGCGGAGAAGCACUUGGCUCCGCUGGACUCUCUCAGUUUUACCCUCAGCUCCCUGCAGGAAAUGAGGCAGCGCCUGGAGCAGUUCACCGAGGAAGCAGCGCUCCAGCAGAAGCAGGCGGCGGCAUUGACGCAGGACCCCACACCAGCGUCCGGUUCCGCGUUACUGGAGCUGAAGCAGCACAUGAACUCCGUCCUCCAGCGAGCACACACACGCAGGAACGAGCUGGACAUCCUGAUCAACCUCUACGAGUUCUACGAAUCGGCUCAGCAGUGGAUGACACACUGCGAGGACUAUUUCAAGCAUCUGGAUUUGGAAGAGAACAUCAUGGGCUUCUCUCCUGAAGUUCUGCAGACAUUGCAAGACUACCACAACGAGGCCACUAAGUUCUCCAUGGAGAACUUCAGCUCUCUGAACGACACUGUUUCAACGCUGGGCAGUCCCCGCCAGCUCCACCACUGGAACCACAUCUGGACGAAGUGCCAGGAGACUCGGAAACAGCUAGAGGAGGCGUUAGAGAGAGCGGCAGUGCGAGAGGAACCCUCGCCCGACUCUUCUCUAACCUCUGACCAUUCGAAACCCAGGGAAAUACCCGUAGCAUGCGUGGAUUUGCAGUGUGGAGAGAGCAGAAGUUCUCUCCCCGAGAUUAAACACACCUUCGAGUUCGAGGACGAGAAACCUCACUCGGCAGGUCCGUUCUCAAAAAACCAAUCUCCUUCCGGAUCUUUUCUUUUCCCUCCCGAGAGAGAUAAACUCUCUUUACUGCCGCUGGACGACACAGACAGCGACUGCACCAUCGACUCGUCUUAUUCCUGUCGCUCGGAGCCCGGAGCCAGGCACCGCAGGCCUCCGCUGAAGAAGAUGAUGAAGAAGACGCUGAGCUCCGAGCUCUCGGGACACCACGGAUACCUGGGGGUCUACAUCAGAGGGCUGGAACUCAGUAACAACACGUGUGUGGAGAAGAAGCUGCAGAGGCCACACAUGAAGAGUCCAGUGCUGGCACGGAGCAGGAGCCUCCCAUCACCCUCCAUAAGUCAGGGAAGACUGGGGGAUGGUGAGAACAAGAGACAGAACAGUAAAAUCCAGCACAUCAUGGACGAGAUGAUCUCCACUGAGAGAGAGUACGUGCGUUCCCUCUCCUACAUCAUGGAGCACUACUUCCCGGAGAUGGAGAGGCCGGACCUGCCGCAGGACCUCCGAGGAAAGCGCAGCAUCGUCUUCGGAAACCUGGAGAAGCUGUGCGACUUCCACAGCCAGUACUUCCUGAAGGAUCUGGAGCAGUGUGCACAUUCCCCGCUUUCGGUCAGCACCUGCUUCCUGAGACACGAGGACCAGUUUGGAAUGUAUGCUCUGUACAGUAAGAACAAACCGCGCUCCGACGCCCUGCUCACCAGCCACGGCAACGCUUUCUUCAAGUAUAAGCAGGUGGAGCUGGAGGACAAGAUGGACCUGGCGUCCUACCUGCUGAAGCCCAUCCAGAGGAUGAGUAAAUAUGCCCUGCUGCUGAAGGACCUGAUAAAAGAGUGCAGCCAAUCGCAGGAGCAGGAGCUCGCCGACCUCAGGACCGCCGAGGAAAUGGUCAAGUUCCAGCUGCGCCACGGCAACGACCUGCUCGCCAUGGACGCCAUCAGAGGAUGUGAUGUGAAUCUGAAGGAACAGGGCCAGCUGAGGUGUCAGGACGAGUUCAUAGUGUGGUGCGGACGCAGGAAGUACCUCCGACACGUCUUCCUUUUCGAGGACCUCAUCCUGUUUAGCAAAACUAAAAAGAUUGAAGGGGGAUACGACAUCUACAUCUACAAGCAAUCUUUUAAGACCGCAGAGAUCGGGAUGACGGAGAACGUGGGCGACAGCGGCCUCCGCUUCGAGAUCUGGUUCCGGCGCAGGAAGUCCCAGGACACGUUCAUCCUGCAGGCCAGCUCGGCCGAGAGCAAAGCAGCCUGGACCUCCAUCAUCGGCAAGAUCCUGUGGAGACAAGCGCUCAGAAACAGAGAGUUACGGAUGCAGGAGAUGGUCUCUAUGGGAAUCGGCAACAAGCCGUACAUGGACAUCAAACCGAGCGACGCAGCCAUCAGCGACCGAGCUGUAGAUUACAUCAUGAAAGGCACAGAGUCACGCACUCGUUCCUCCGUCUCCGUCUCCUCCUGCGACCACUCCAGCCCGUUCAAGAGACCGCACUCCACCAUCUCCAACAGCAGCUCGUCCUCCUCCAGCAGCCACUCCUCGUCCUCCUUCAUGAGCUCCCUCAACCUGCCGCUCUUUAGCUCCGCCCUCCACCCACCCCUCGCCCACUGGCACUACGACUGCAUCGAGGAGGACGAGCUGGAGCACGACGCCGCCAUGCAGCCCUCGAUGAUCACAGAGGGUUCCGAGUCGUCCUCUCACAGCACCUCGAGUGACGGCGUGAACAGCGUGAGCAGCGUGAGCGCUCUGUCCGUCCCCCGUCACUCGUCCCUCACCACCGACUCCUUCAGCAGCGAGUCGUCCUUCCUCUGUUCCUCCUCCGUCUCCUCGUCUCCCUCACACCGCUUCCACAAGGAGCUCAACGAUACCAACAGCUUCAUCACAGCGCUGUGACACGGCUUCGACCCGACCCGACCCGACCCGACCCGCGCCGCACCACGGCAAGACGUGCAGCGUGUAAAACACUGAACUCUGCAGUAUAUACACAUUAUUUCACACUGUUCCUACUUUUAAACGAGUUGUUACGCAGUACUUAACCCCCGUCACACCGCUGGUACGUUACAGACUCGACACCCAGCGCAUACAGCAACUCGAGCUAACUUUUUAUCUUCAGAAAAAAAAAAAAAAAAAAGCACAAUUUGUUUUUGUUGUCGUUUUUGUUUAUUGUAAGCGUGUUCUGUACAGAAAUGUUUCCUCGUUAGCGUACUUAUUUCUAGAGCCGGCACAAUUAAUAAAAUCAUUUCCCAACAUUCUGUCCGUCUCUUACGUUAAAAAUGUUUUGUACAUUUUCCAUUUAUUUAUUUAUGUUUUUGUUUUUUUGGGUUUUUUUGGGUUUUUUUGCAUGUUUAAUUCAUUAGUAUUCGAGUGAAGAUGUAAAAAGCCUUGAAAGAUGCAAGAUGAACUUCACACCACUCGCACUUCUCUAUUCGACUCGACCACCACACGAACCGCAGGCUGCAAGCGCAGAGAGUACACAGUUGCAGCAAGAAAACACAAAAGCAGAAGUUUCCAACUUUUACAUCUAAACUCUACCAGCGAAUAAUACACUAAAAAAAUAAAACUGAACAAGCGGAUCAACUAACUUUCUCUAUGUUCAAUUAAUUCAAUGAAACGAACACAUUAAAGGAAUAUGAACUUAUGGCAUUGAUAUUAAAAUUAAUAUUAAAUUCUAGCACUAGUAUUAAACUAUUAUUAAGUUCUAUUAAAUUAACAGUAAAUAUAUUUUAUAUAUAUAUAUAUAUAUAUGUUCUACUUUAUAAAGUGGUCAAAAUAUGAGAGGAAGCGCGAUGGUUCUACAUGGUUCUGGUCCAUUUUUGUCCACUUUAAAGAACAUUCUAGCAAUCCUUCUAACUCUUAACUUUUUUUAAUUCGCCGCAUCAGCAUGAUAUUGUGUACUCUGUCUUUUUUUUUUUUUUUAUAUAUAAAUACAAUAAUAAUAAUCGGACAUUGUAAAUUGUAAAUCUGUGACACCGGGACGGAUUCGGAUAUUAUACAAUCACACCGUUUCAUUCACCGGUGUUCAUUCAUUUGUUGCAACCUGAAGCAGUUAAGCUUCACUUCUGCAUUGGUUGUUAGUAAAUGUUGUAAUAAUUCCUUUUUUAGUUGCCGCUUCACCCGGGCUUAACCGAGAACCACUAAAAGCAGAAGCUUCAGUAUGUGUCUUAAGGGUGUGAAAACAUUUUCACAUGGUACAGGCUCUGUAUUAGCGCUUACAGGCGAGUGGUUAUAGGACCGGAAGUAUAAGAGAACGGGGACUGAUGGGAACUUGUUCUGUGGACGUUCCACAACCUCAGACAGGACUGUAGAUGUAUAAAAAGUUUGACACAUCGUUCUUUUUUUAGUAAAUUAAAAUUUGUAAUCAUUUGCUGUGAAGGAAUAAAACACUCGGGCAGUCAUAGGAUGCAGUUAAAUAUGUAUAUAAAAUAUACUAUAUAUAUAUAUAUAUAAAAUAUACUGUAUAUAUACUGUAUAUAUCUGCAGUUAUACCAGUGACAGGAAUUCCGGUUCAUUCCAAUGAGUCAGUACA